AUGAAAAGAGGGAUUAGGGUAACAAGUUGCGACUCUUCAUCUCUCUCGCACGAUCCUCUUCACUCUCUCCUCAAUGGCGGUAUAUUGACUCCCUUUUCCCUGUCAAUGAACGCCAACGCAACCGCCACUUCGCAUCUAUGUUUCGAUCUCAAACCAUCUCCUAUCAAUAUGGUAUGGAUAAGUAAAGAGGACUCACUAAUUAGAAACAUUUCGGUGAUUCUUCGAAGUGACGGAGAACAAGAAGACCAGAGGUUAUGGUGUCGUGCGGCUUUGACGUGUGAACCAGUGAUAAGUGGAAUGGUUGAAGAUGAUGUGGAACUGCAGACUUGA